CCUCAAUUGACGACAGCCGCACCACCUCCUUGCCAUGGCAGCUCCAUCGAUCUUCGACUUUCCAGAGUCCGCGUUCGUGGAUGCCGCGGCCUGCGGUGAUCUCGACCAUGUGAACCACCUCCUGGCGUCAACGUCGCCAUUCCUCACUGCAGAAGUGAUCAAUAAGGUGGACAAGGACGGCAAGUCUGCGUUCCACUACGCGUGCCUCAACGACGACGCCAACCUGUUGCGGAUUCUGUUGGCGGACGACCGCGUGGACGUUCGAUUGGUGUCACGCAACGGCGAUUCUGGAUUCCACAUGGCCGCGCUAUACUCUUCACUCAAGGCUCUCGAGGUGCUCCACGCUGACGGUCGCCUUAACGUAAACGCGCAAAACCAGUACGGCGAAACCCCGUUGCAUCUCUGCGCAGGAUCGGGCGACAAAAGUGCACACCGCACAGCCGACUUGUUGCUUCACUUUGGCGCUGAUCUCACUGUCACGGACAAGUGGGGCCGUGGUCCCAAGGACGUCAGUCAUGACAAUGCCGAGAACCCCAUAGUCGAGACGUUCAAUCAGUACUUGAGCGACCGCAGUCGGUGCUCGGAAGAGCAAGCUGAGGCUAUCAAUAAGACCACCUCGUCAUAUCGAGCGAAACUAGAAGAAGAGCGGGCGGUAGCGGCUUUGCAAGCGCAAACUCGGCCGAAGAUGGGCAUGAUGAUGUCUCUAGGUGGCUUGAAAGGCGUUCAACUUAAAAAAACUGAGACAGUGGUAAAAGCCAUGUUCAAGGCCGACGAAGGCAAGGUCACUGGCAAUGCCAGUGGGGCGACUGCGGACGCAGACGGGCGAAAGGCGCUCUCCAAGUUGAUCGACUUUCCGGGGGACUUGGAGGCCAUCACUCGCCAUGUAGCCAACGUCGAGAAUGUCAACCCAGGUGGUGCCGAUUCGUACGGGCUCACGGCAUUGCACAAGUUUGCAUCUUGGAACAAGACCGACUAUAUCGAGCUGAUCUUGCCUGCGCUGUCCCCAUCGGAACUGAAUGCGCAGUGCCCAGAGGGAAAGACGGCACUUCAUUAUGCAGUCGAAAUGGCGUCCGUUGCUGCUAUCAAGGUUCUAGUUGCCGCCAACAUCGAUCGCGACAUCAAGGACAACAAGGGGAGAACGGUACAAGACAUCCUUGACGGCGCGACGGCGUCGGGAGUCAUUGAGCGCAUAAGAAGCGCACUUGCUUAGCUGGGGGAGUUUUAUUCAUGCAUGUGCAUGUAAAUCUCUCUUCUUUCCCUCCAUGAAGAGUCCUAUGUCCAUUCCGUCAUCGGCAUCGGAGCUUUCCUCAAGCUCGCGUUCAUCUCGUCAAGAUGAAGUUUUGAUUGGCCCCUCUAGAGCCAAUCAGACGUAAAGAAAGACUUAAGGGCAGGUCAUAGCGAUGUGGAAGUGUUACUUAAUUGAAGUGGUUCGUCC